AUGGCCACAGUCGCGCGUGCAGAUGGCUACAGUGGAACACGACUUCCUCUGAGAGAAGCUCGUCCAGGUAGACAACAGGUGCCCAGCAGGUUACCAGACGAACAUGUGAAUCGCAAGGACAACACGCUUAACAUCGAGCAUUUCAUAUCUGAGAAGCGCUCAGGGCUCGAUCACGGUGUUGUUACUCCGCGAAAGCCAGAUAGCGACAAGCUGACUACGAAUAGAGUUGUCAAGGAUCAGAGAAUCUUCUCCAAUGGCAAUUCCUACGUUGGCACGUGGCUGAACGGGCGAAUGCACGGUGAGGGCCACUAUAUUUGGAGCGACGGCAGUGAGUAUUUCGGCGAGUUCCACGAGGGGUACAUGUGGGGCAAUGGCAAGAAGACCUGGCCAACGGGCCGUACCUAUGACGGCGAGUGGCGCAAGGAUCAGAUGUGGGGCGACGGCAAGAUGAGUUGGCCGUCCGGCGAGGAGUACAUCGGCAGCCUGAAAAAGGGCGUGUUCCACGGAAAGGGAACUCGGACUUGGCCGAAUGGGGACCGUUAUGCUGGCAACUUCAAGCACGGCAUGCAGGAGGGCGAGGGGACCUUCGAAAGUGCAGAGGAGGGAUGGGUGUACAGCGGCCAAUGGCUCCAAAAUCGGAUGAAUGGCCGGGGCAAGGUGAAGUGGCCCAACGGCAUAGAGUACGAUGGCGAGUGGAAGGAUGGCAUCCGAGAGGGCAAGGGCAAGCUCACCUGGGCCGACGGAUCCUGCUACAAAGGUGACUUCCAGCACAACUGCAUAGAGGGCAAGGGCAAGAAGACCUUGCCAGAUGGCUCUUGGUUCGAGGGUCAGUUCCACGACAGCGAGCUGGAGGGUAGGGGGACUUUCCACUGGCCAGAUGGUACUGAAUUUGAAGGCCUCUGGCACAACAGUGAGAUUGUGGGCCCGGGCUGUCAUAGGUUCCCCAACGGCACCAUGAUUACAGGCGUCUUUGAGAAUCAUGGAGCUACUGGGGAGGGCACAAAGAAGUGGGCCAACGGAUGCAUGUACACAGGCACCCUCCUGAACAAUAGCAUUCACAAGUACGGUGUCUUCCAGUGGCCAGAUGGGCGACGCUACAUUGGCCAGUUCCAGGAUGAGAUGAUGCACGGCGAGGGCAUGCUUUGCUGGACGGAUGACUUCGGCGUGUGCCGGUACAAGGGCUCCUUCGAGCACAACGUGUUUCAAGGGCACGGUGUGUUGGAGUGGUCCGUGAAGGCCAGAUAUGUAGGUGAGUUCUUCAACGGCCUAUACCACGGUGAAGGCACAUUCGAAUGGCCAGACAAGGCCAACAUAUACCGUGGUCAGUGGCAAUUCGGGGAGAUGAGUGGCCAGGGAACGCUGACUACAAGCUGUGGCUCGAUUUACUCGGGUGAGUUCCACGCGGGCAACAUGGAGGGUCGAGGAACAAUCACGUUCAUCACGAACGACCAGUACACAGGAGAAUUCAAGGACUCGCUGUUCAACGGCCUGGGCUGUUACACGUGGUCUUCUGGCGUGACGCUGACAGGAGUCUUUGAAAACAACGUCUGUAGUAAGGUCGGAAAGAAGACCUACACCAACGGACUGGUCUACGUAGGUGAGCUUCUGGAAGACCAGGAGCACGGCCGUGGUGUCCUGACCGACCCGAGCGGAACCCGGGUGGUCGGUGUGUGGAACAACGGCAGGCUCCAGGAAGAGCUCAUAGAGAUGAUCGUCUCCGCUGCGGAGGUGGAUCCUCGCGGUCCUGCGGAGCAGAGAGUCUUUGUGGCAUCCAGACAGCCCGAUGCCAUUCCGCAUACGCUAGCAGAAGAGUUGUCCGGCACUGGGGACUGUAAAUCUAUCGUCCUCUUUGCAAACGGAGACAAGUACAUCGGUGGUCUACGCGCCGGGCAAAAGGAGGGUGAUGGUAUGUACAUCUACGCAGACGGCUCAGCAUACAAGGGCCCAUGGUCUUCAGACUCCAUAGAUGGCGAGCUGCACCCACUCGGAGGGGAGGCUGAGUCUGAGCAGACUCGGCGACUUCAUGACCUGAACACCAAGAAUGCCGAGGCUGUUCAAAGCAUGAAGGCAAAGCUCCCCGGCGAAAGAAAGCAGGCGUGGAUCCUGCUCAUGUGGUAG